AUGGCUCUUUUCGGUCAAGCGGCAGCUCCCGCUGCAAGCUCCACUACAGGCGACACCAGCAAAGACGUCGAGGUGCCCGCCGGCCAAGUACCCAGCGACAGCAUAUCUGACCUUCAAUUCUCGCCGACCAACGAUUUCCUUGCAGUGGGAAGCUGGGACAAGAAGGUCUACAUCUACGAGGUCAACGGCAACGGUGCGCAAGGAAAGUGGAUGUUCGAAUGCCCGGGUCAUGUUCUGGGUCUGGGAUGGUCAAAGGAUGGCACUCGUAUUGCAGCCGGCGACUCAACAGGCAUGCUCAACAUUGUCGACUUCCGCACCGCCCCUGCCAGCGGUACCGUCCCUGCGCAACAAGCCAAAGCCCACGAGAAUGGCAUCAAGUGCGUCCGCUGGUUCCAGACUGGAGGUCAGGACUACGUCGCCACUGGCUCUUGGGACAAGACCGUCAAGUUCUGGAACCUCCAAGGCGCUGAGCCAGUCGGUACACUGACGUGCCAGGAGCGUGUCUACAGCAUGGACGUCAAAGAUCAACUGCUAGUCAUCGCGACCGCUGAGCGCCAUAUCCACAUGGUGAACCUCUCAAACCCCACAACUAUCUACAAGACCAUCACCAGCCCUCUCAAGUGGCAGACAAGGGUUGUGAGCUGUUUCUCGGAUGCGACUGGUUUUGCCGUCGGCUCCAUCGAAGGACGAUGCGCUAUUCAAUAUGUCGAAGACAAGGAUACCAGCCUCAACUUCUCAUUUAAGUGCCAUCGCCAACAAGACCCCGCCAACCGCGACAUCGCCAAGGUCCACUCAGUAAACGCCAUAUCCUUCCACCCACAACACGGCACCUUCUCCACUGCAGGUUCCGACGGAACUUUCCACUUUUGGGACAAGGACGCCAAGCACCGCCUCAAGGGCUACCCCGAGGUCGGCGGCAGCAUUGUCGCAACAGGAUUCAGCAAGGACGGCAACAUCUUCGCCUACGCCGUCAGUUACGAUUGGAGCAAGGGCUUCGGUGGCAACACACAAAACUACCCUAUCAAGAUCAAGCUUCACCCCAUUCUCGGGGAUGAGUGCAAGCCGAGGCCGGGAAGCAAGAAGAGGUAA